AUGGAAUCCAGUGCCACGGUGGUGGCGAGGCAGGCUCGCGAGGCCUUUGACGACGUGCAGCAGCGACUUUCGCUGGGACCUGCAGGAGAGGCGGAUGUACAGCGAGUCAAGGCACUGCAUGCCAUCCGCCGUGCCCUAGAGCAGGCGCAGGAUGAGAUUCGAGCGGCCAACCAGCGUGAUGUCGAAGAGGCGACAGCUCUCGUGCAGCAAGGCAAGCUAUCUGCGCAGCUUGUAUCGCGCCUAGACUUGUUUGCGAAGGCAGGCAAGUGGGAGUCGAUGGUGCAGGGCGUAUCGGAUGUGGCAUCGCUGCCGUCGCCUCUUGACGUGUGCACCAAAGCCACGCGCAUCGCUGACGCGAGUCCCGCGUGUGAAGGCCGCGAUGCUACUGGUACGUUAGACUUGUAUCGUGUGACGUGCCCCAUCGGUGUGCUUUUGUGCAUUUUCGAGGCGCGGCCGGAGGUGAUUGUCAACAUUGCGAGUCUCGCUAUCAAGUCAGGCAACGCGGCGAUUCUCAAGGGCGGCAAGGAGUCUCGGCAUUCCGGCCAAGUGCUUUCGCGCUGUAUUUCUGAGGCACUCGCUCAAAGUGACAUGCCGCCGCAUCUGAUUCAGACGGUCGAGUCGCGCGAAGAGAUCCGAACGCUGCUUCAAGAAGACCGCUACAUCAACCUUGUGAUCCCGCGUGGCUCGAACGAGAUGGUCCGGCACAUCCAGCGUGAGGCUCGUGUACCUGUCAUGGGCCAUGCGGACGGCCUGUGUGCUGCUUAUGUGCAUGAUGAUGCGCCGGCCAAGCUCACGAUCGAGACGGUCCUCGACGCCAAGCUCGACUAUCCGAGCGCGUGUAAUGCCGUUGAAACGCUGCUGUUGCAUCGCCACCACCUUACAUCGGGCUUGUGGCUCUCGCUUGGCAAAGCUCUGAUCCACGCAGGUGUGCGCCUGCACUGUGAUGAGGCAUCGCGCACGGCGCUGGUGCCGGGCUUGUCUGAGUCCGAGGCCGCCCUCGUCGUCGCUGCGACGGACGCCGACUUUGAUACCGAAUAUCUCGACUUGGACCUUGCCGUGCGUGUCGUUGACAGUGUACAAGACGCCGUGCACCACAUCCAGACCCAUGGCUCCGGACACACCGACACCAUCCUAUGUGCGCCGCUGAACGGCGAGGCGUCGUCUGCUUCGGUGCGCUCGGCCGCUGAUAUCUUUACGCGAUCACUGUCGUCGUCGAGUGUCUAUGUGAAUGCAUCGACGCGCUUCGCUGAUGGCUUCCGCUACGGUUUUGGUGCCGAGGUGGGCAUCAGCACGGGCCGUAUUCAUGCCCGCGGUCCCGUCGGACUCGAGGGCCUGGUGACGUACAAAUACGUACUUCGGUCCGCAGGCUCUGGCGCCCAGACGGCCGCGGCGUUCUCACCCGGUGCUCAUCAACGUGCGUGGUCGCACCAGCCCAUCGAGGCGGUAUACCCGUCGCUGACAUAG